AGACACAGAGAGCCGAGCGCGCUCAGUCCGGCUCCCACACCGAGGAAACUCUCCGGGGUGACGUAUCCUCACUGGACUCCUCUUGGACUAUACAGGGACACUAGCUGCUCUCUUCCAUCCACCAGGACCCCCUUUUCUCCAGCUCCACAGACCUCAGAUCAGCUCUCAGGUCACUGGGCCCCUGGUUAGGCCUGACUGCAGCUCUUGGAUCGUCCUCACCUUGACUCGCUCUGAUCGAGAUCUAUAUACAGCCAUGACCACCAAAUCCACCAGUCUGGUUCUGGGUGGAAAGGCCUCCUCCUCACCUCUCCUGUCCUCUCCGCCCUGUCAGCGCCUCGUCACCAAAGAUGGACACUGUGUCCAGCCUACUCUGUGCCCUUCAGGGUCCUGGCGGGGGGCUUUGAGCAGAGCUUGGCGGCUGGCCCUGCAGGAUCUGUGGGGACUUUUGGUGGGUCUACGAUGGAGGUGGGUCCUUCUGGCUUUCUGUGCGUCCUUUCUGGCACACUGGCUGCUGUUUGCCUGCCUCUGGUACCUGCUGGCCCAUCUGAAUGGAGACUUGGCGGUGCAGGACCAUGAUGCCCCCCCACAGGGGCACGUGGUCUGUGUGAAGCACAUCACCAGCUUCACUGCAGCCUUCUCUUUCUCCCUGGAGACACAGCUGACCAUCGGAUACGGCACCAUGUUCCCCAGUGGAGACUGUCCGAGUGCCAUUGCUCUGCUGGCUGUGCAGAUGCUGCUAGGGCUCAUGCUGGAGGCUUUCAUCACAGGUGCCUUCGUAGCAAAAAUUGCUCGUCCCCAGAAGCGAGCAGGAGCUAUCCAGUUCAGCCCCCAGGCGGUGGUGGGCAAACACCAAGGCCAGACGUGCCUCAUGAUAAGAGCCACCAAUCUGCUGCAGCGACCCCUGGUGGACGUGAAGGUGAGUGCUGUGCUCUAUGAGGAGCAUGAAGGGCAGGCCCUCCACCAGACCUCUCUUGACUUCUACCUGGAUCAUCUGGGCCAACAACCUUGUCCCUUCUUCAUAUUCCCGCUCACCUUUUACCAUCCCCUGGACCGUCGGAGUCCCCUGUAUCCUGCCCUGUGUGAGGGCAUGUCCAACCACUUUGAGCUGGUGAUCUUCCUGUCCGCCUUACAGGAGGGAACUGGAGACUCUUGCCAGAAGAGGACCUCCUACCUGCGGCAGGAAAUCCAGUUUGACCGUCGCUUUGUGCCGGCCUUGGGGCUGGAUGCUCGGGGAAGAUACAUAGUGAGCACUCAGCACUUUGAAACGGCCCACUCAAAGGAACCUCUGAGUAAGGACUGUGUGGUGCAGGUUAACGGGGAUGGUAGUGACAGAAUGGAGUAAGGGUGUAGAAGGGCAGCCUAAUAUGGAGGGCAUGGAACAGUGGGGCAGAUAGCUUCAUCGUGAGGUUCUUGAUUUAAUUUGGGAAUUAAUUUUAAAAAAUGCUUAAUUUGAAAUAUACCGGGGAUGGGGGCUGCUUCAGACUCCCUUAUUACCCCUACCCAACCAUUCCUUCUAAAGUAAUAAAAAUGAUAACCCCCUACUGGCUUCCA